AUGGCAGCCUUCGAGGUUACGUCAAUCAUUCCUCAAAUAGGGCUCUGUCUUAUACUAGCAACUCUUUUUCUCACCCUGAACAGAAGAUUGCGGCACCGAGGUGACAAUCUGCCUCAGCACAGCAAAAUCAAUGCGUAUCGAGGGUCUGAAAAGCCUUGCUCUGGUGCAGAACUGGUGCAGCCGCUUAACGGCUUUGACUGGACUGUUCAACAGCCUCAGAAGUUCCGGCCUUUCAAGUCUAUCUAUCACAUUACUAUGGCAAUCAAGUCAGACACGGCGUCGGAGCUCAUCACGAUAGACCGCGAUUACCUCGACCGAAUUCAGCUCCGAAAGAGCCUCAUACAAAGUCAAGGCCAAAUGGUACACGGCUGUGUUCCCGCUGGGAUCGACGCUGUAGACGAACUCUACACUUAUCUUCUUGCGCAAUAUCUGCCCAAGCGCUACCCAACCAUGUUCAAGCGUUCUGUGGGCAACUCUGAGCUGCAGAACCUGGCGACUGGUGAUGCACACUCCACGAUACCCCCUGUUGAUCACGAUAGUGCCCUGCGAAUCAUGGGUACCACAGUCGAGGAAGACUUGUUCAUUCUGAAGCCUACAGUAGAAGGCCACCAAUGCGUUGCCUUCAUGUGUUGCUUUCCAUCUGGCUGGAACCCAUCCUCAAAAUUGGGAAAGCACAUGGGCCAGAUACACUCCAAUGUGCCAUCCUACAACAAAAUCGGGCCUAGCAUGGAGCGCUUCUUCACCAAGCUUGAGGUGGGAAAGAAUGUCAAGCGAACCAAUUGGACCGUUCAGACCCAUGGGGAACUUUUCAACGCCAAGGGGAACCAUGUGACGGGCGAGGAGAAGGUAGAAAGUGAGCAGAUAGAUCCAGAACAGACUUAUCUUCGGAUCGAACUCCAAACAUUGAGCCGGCUUCCAAAAACCCACUCCAUCCUCUUCAGUUUCAAAACAUAUUUGUAUCCGUUACGCGAGAUUAAAGAGGAAGGUCUCGGGAUGGAAUUUGCGACCGCAAUCGAGGGCCUUGAGAAGGGGAAUGCACCGGGGAUGUGGAAAUACAAGGGGGCGGUUCGAUGGGGUGCCAGCGUGUGCGAGUAUCUCCGGUCUUGA